AUGCCUUACUGCGAAGGCUGCCAGCGGUCGUUUGGGCAAAAUCGCGGCUACUCGCUCCAUUUUCUGACAACACAGAACGAAGCAUGUCGUGAGAUUCACUGCCGCAUGGCUCCGAUUGCUGGCAACGACACAGACUCGGAUGAUGAAGCAUCCCAGCAUGGCUCCGACUCCGAGUCGGAUGAUGCUUUACUGUUUGAUGAAGACUUGGCGCAGGACUUACCACUUGGCUCGACUCAUUUUGCUGGCGAUCUCUUUGGGGCCGACUACACCGGCAGCGAUUUCGAAGGAUUCGAAUCAGACGAGGGCGGGUCGGACUCAGAGGGUGAGGACACUGCUGCUGAUCGUCUUGCGGCGGCGACACAAGCUGUGGACGAGGACGGCUGGGAGCCGGAGCGUCCUGCUGCCGCUGAGAUGAACCUUAUGGAUGUCGAUGAGCCAGAAAGUACACCACCGCCACUUCCAAAAACACGCAUCAUUGCCGAGGACCGAUUCCACAAACCACCCGUCAUCGUUCCCUUUCCCAGCGAGCGCGCUGGGGAGGCGAUUUCCAUGUCAGCGGGUGCACUACCUGCUCAUGAAGCAUAUCGCGCAAAGCUCGGGCCUUCACCAUCGCUCUACUCUCCAUUCACCUCACAGAUGGAUUGGGCCAUCGGUAACUGGGCAAAGAUGCGCGGGCCCUCGUCAACAGCAUUUACCGAUCUCCUCAAGAUUCCAGGCGUCCGAGAGGCGCUGGGUCUAUCAUAUGGCUCUAUGAACGAGCUCAAUAAAAUCAUCGACAAGAAGCUCCCCGGUCGGCCGAAAUUCAAACGGGCCAAGAUAAUCGUUCAAGGGGAAUCAUUUGACCUGUACUUUCGUGACAUUAUCGAGUGUCGCCAUUAUGCAGAUGAAGAUCAGACAAUUCGUCUGUAUCACGAUAUGCAUACUGGUCGCUGGUGGUGGAGCACUCAAAAAGAAGUCGAAAAAAACUCGCCGGGGGCCACGAUUGUCCCGAUCAUCAUCUCCUCCGACAAGACUCAACUUACGCUGUUUGGUAACCAAGCUGCCUAUCCGGUGUACCUAACCAUUGGGAAUAUUCCCAAAGCUAUCCGACGGAAACCCUCAUAUCGGGCCUACGUUCUUCUUGCGUACUUACCCACCGCAAACCUUAGUCAUAUUACCAAUCUAGCUUCUCGCCGUCGCACGCUUGGUAAUUUAUUCCAUGCCUGCCUCACUCAUAUCACCCAGCCACUCCGCAAAGCGGGUAUCGAUGGCAUCGAGCUCUUCACUGCCACCGGCGAGGCUUACCGUGGACACACAAUAUGUGCUAGUUAUGUCGGUGAUUACCCAGAGCAGAUUCUGUCAACGGCUGCUAUCUAUGGCGACUGUCCUUCAUGCGAAUGUCCUCAUGGACAUCUUGGUGAUGCCAAUUGCACCUGCCCACUCCGCAAUCUCGAAAAGAUUUUGCGGGCGCUUGAUACCCUUGAUCAGGGGGGGACUGUCUAUGCACGAGCAUGUGCUGAUGCUCGUCUCAAGCCAAUUGUCCAUCUAUUCUGGGAAGCACUGCCCUAUACCAAUUUCUUUUCUUGCAUCACACCCGACAUUCUUCACCAGUGCUACCAGGGUGUUAUCAAACAUCUUAUUGCCUGGGUCAAGGAAGCCUAUGGGGAAGCUGAAAUUGAUGCGCGGUGUCGUCGACUACCACCAAAUCAUAAUAUUCGGGUUUUCUUAAAGGGAAUUUCGAAGCUUAAUCGAGUAUCUGGUCGGGAGCAUGACCAGAUUUCUCGGUUUCUUCUGGGAAUAGUCAUUGACCUUCCUCUACCUGGCGGCUCUUCACCAGUUCGGCUUGUGCGUGCUGUACGUGCAAUCUUGGACUUUGUCUAUCUUGCUCAAUAUCCAAUGCACUCGACCGAAACCCUUGCACAUCUCGAGAAUGCCCGACAACGAUUUCAUGACAACAAGGAUGUCUUUGUAGAUCUGGGAAUUCGCUCAGACUUCAACCUACCAAAGGUACACUCUUGGCGACAUUACAUCCGUGCUAUCGAGUGGCUUGGAACAACAGACAACUACAACACCGAGUAUACAGAGCGAUUGCAUAUUGAUCUGGCAAAAGACGCUUUCCGCUCAACAAAUGCCAAGGACGAAUUUCCGCAAAUGACACUUUGGUUGGAGAGACGGGAGAAAGUGGUGCGUCAUUUGCAGUACAUUCAAUGGCGGCUUGAUGGCUUCCCUGCCCCGAUCAUCAUCCAAAAUCUCCACCCUGGCAUUGUCUAUGAGCACAAGCUUGUUAUGGCAAAGAAUCCAACCAAGAAAUCUGUGCGAUUCAGCAUACUUCAAACAGAGUAUGGUGCAGCAGACUUCACAAAUGCAUUAAAACAAUACAUUGCAUUUGUCAAUGAACCAGGCCUUAACCGCCAACAGCUAGCUCGGGCAGCAGAGAAUAUUCAUUUAUUCUUCAAUUCCGUUCCUGUCUUUCAGCGCAUCAAGUUUACAGCACUUGAUCCAUAUGUGCUGAAGGGUCCAGAGGAUGUUAUUGUUGACUCUAUCCAUGUUCAGCCAGAAAACUCUUUCCCCAAUGGUGAUGAAAUCCCAGCCAGAUUUGACACAGCCUUGAUUCAAGUUGGGGAUACUGGAUCUGGAAUUGGGACUGAUGGUCUCCAGAUUGGUCAAAUACGGGUUAUCUUCUCUCUCCAUCCACGGGCCAGUGCAUCACUCUUUCCAGAGGCACAGCCAGCAAAAUAUUUGGCCUAUGUGGAAUGGUUCUCGCACUUUACCAAGCAGCCUGAACCAAAUCAUCUGAUGUACAAGGUCAAGCGGAUGGAAGAUACCACUGGCCGACGUGUGGCUAGCAUCAUUCCUGUCAACAACAUUCAGCGCAGUGUUCAUCUCUUGCCCAAAUUUGGGCCAGUUGCUCCUUCAGACUGGAAGUCCAGCAAUGUUCUAGAGCGCUGUAAAACGUUCUUUGCCAACCCUAUGUCAGACCGUCAUAUUUACAUGACAUUGUACUAA